GGGCAGAGUACUCUGUACCUCAGCUGUGCACAGAGCGGUGCGGGGAGCGGGGGGUACCUGGUACCUUGUUCCAAGCAUCCGAGGGACAAGGUUUAAAACAUUAACAUCCAUCAGUUAUAUAAGAGGAGCUUAGAAUGACCAUCAUGUGGAUAUUGCGAUUUAAAACAUAUAUAACGGUGAUUAGCAGUUUAUAUAUUUCUUUUGUUACCUCCAAGGUACAUACAUGUACAUACUACGUUUCGUGAUGCAACCACAGACACCACACGCUCUGGAAUAAAGUGCAGCAGGCUAUUCUCCACGAUGCCCUCGACAGCCAAAGCGAUUGGCCGCUGCUCGGGUGUCAGGCUCUCUGCAGGGCGGAUUGUCCAGCUAGACUGGCUAUCCUAUUGAACCAGGACUGGACUGGUCAGCAGUAACAACCUUCUACUGCUUUCACAUAAAAGGGUUUGGUGCUCAUAUUAUAUAUCCGAGAACAAGAGCUGGAGAUGGAACGAGAGUAGCCAGAGGACCGCGACUAUAAAUGUGAAUACAUAUACCGCAUAAGAGAAGGAAAAAACAAAAAAAGACACAGAGAAUGAAGCUUCAAGGACGGAGCUUUUUGAAACGACACCCACCCACUGGAAGAUUGACGGUUUAUAUCAGGCAUUCUUAUUGCCAGAUGUAAAAAUCCGGAGCUUAGAGCUUUUCCAGCAAGAAGUUCAUUCCCCCUUCCACGGCCGUAGCUAGCAUGGAGAGUUAUGGAACGGCCGCAUUGAACUAACGGAACAUCUGAGAGAUAUGAGCCUUGCGGUAUUCACCUAACUUGCGGGGGGCAUCUGGCCAGGUUCCUCAGAUAUAUCAGGUUCAUCAGGUUUAUCGCUGCCCCAAGAACAACCUCUAUACGGAGUACCUCUUCCCUAUCAACCUAGGAACACUUGGGGGUGUUGAGAGGGGUGCCAAAUAAAUAACGCAUCCCCGCAAGGAGAAUUGGCGGGAUGCCCGCAAUCUAAUUCCUUCUGUUGCUGUGGCCGCCCGUGGCAGCCCCUAGUUAAACGUUGACUCGGUUGCCUGAGUGAGUGUGUAAAUAUCCCUUGUAUGUAUGUACAGCGUAUACGGAGAAAUGGCUUGGCGGGAAUCACCUGACACCACACCACACCAUGUGUGGAUAUGGCAAGCGAAGCCAUAGCCUUGUUGUUGUAUUUCUGAUUGUCCAGUCUCCUGUAGCUAAACUACCCUACCCGUGAUAACAAGUCACCACCGCAGAGUCACCCUAUCUCAAGACAACGUCUCCGUUGAAACGAACCAAUGCAGAAGUCCCCUAACCGUCAGCUCCCCUGAAUCCCCGCUUGUCCCAGAAGCACAAUUUCGAUACAAGAUCCCAUGUUCCGUGUUCCAUGUCGCACAACCCGCGCGCCCGAUCAGAGACAUGCAUGCGAAAUGAGCUAUUUGAAACAACAUGUUCAUUUAUAAGCCAACCUAGCUCUUGAGAAUGAGGAGGAACCGUGAAAGAACAGGUAGAUAAUAACCUUCAUACCUAAGAUACUAUCUCCGCUAAGGCGGAAAAAUCGGGUUCUUGUUGGAGGAGAGCGAUAUCCCUUGAGGAAUGUCAGCCUCCCACUCUACUUCUUCUGGGGUGGAAACAAGGCUUUGACUUGGUAAACUUAACGCACCGCUGGGGUGGGGUGAUACCCAUAGGGAUGCGCUCUGCAAUUUUCUUCCUGAUAUCGAGUGUGCGGUUGGCCAACGUCACCUGUGAAUAUGCAAUAUCGCGGGUUACCAUUUUUCAGAGAAGCGACUUCUUCUCGCGGCGUAAAGCCUGAUGGGUUUCUGAGAAUGCUUUCUCUAUUGUUUGGAUUUCUGCCAUUUCGUCGGCUGUAGCAUAUUCCGAACCGUCAACAAGGUCUUUCUUGGCCUUUUCCAUCCGGGCGAGUGCAGUCACAAGGGGCAGCAUGUAACUCCAGUUGUUCAAGAGCCAGUGAGCGUGGCUUGUUUUGGCUUUAUUCGUAUGCCACAUAAUGUUCAUCGCGUUGACAUGCUCUUCCAUUUUCCUAGCAACACUUGGAGGCAUUUGGGAAUCGUCGAUGUUGGCUGUCCAGUCAAAUUCUGGGAGGCUCACACUCCCGGUACACCAUGCACUAUAUUGUUCUUUUUCCUGAGGGGUGAACGAUGCUAACUUCACCGGAUCUCUCUCCUGGUACCGCGCUCCUUCAAACCCAGUUGCAACUGCGAUGCUUUUGCCCUCGUUGACAGCUUGAGCCAGACCCCGGAGUUUCUCUGCGACGAUUGGUGGAUAGUCCUUGUACACCGGCAUUUUCAGCUUUUUUUCAGGUAUAGUGGUAUAGUCCACAUCGCCUAUUUCUACCUUCCGGAACUAUGCCUCGAAGCUAUCCAUCAUGGAUGGUGGUUUGUUGUGACUUGGUAGUUGUCGUGCGUUGUAGUUUUUGGUUUAUUGCUUGCAACUGGGGUUUUCGUAGUUUGUGUGAGCUGGAGCUGGAACUGAUGGGUUAUAUACCUGCUCUGAUCCCAAUAACACCGGACCGAUUGGUACCGGCUGGGGAUGGCAAAGUGAAUGAGUAGGAACGGAGCUAGAAAUAGGGAGUAGAAAUGCAAAAGAGCAUAAUCUCGCAUGACAUUUCUCGAAGGCCGCGUUUUUGCAAUGGGCUUAUAUAGAUCCAAGUAGCUUAUCUGGCCGCUAGUAGACACUCGUGUGUAUAGAGCGAACAAUACCAUAUUGCCGAGUUUGCCUCAAGGCCAUUAUUAAGCAUAAUAUGGCUCUGGGCUUCAUUUUGGAGAUCGAGAGCCUCGUAAAUGUGCGAGUAGAAGCCAGCUUUUGGGCUGUUGUUGCGUUAUUGGUUCCCCUGAAUAAUAUUCAACCCCAGCGCGCUGCAUUCACCGUCACCAACAUGAAUGAACAACCAACUAGCAAAACACAAACUGCGAGGGCAGCACUCACAACCCUCUAUCCGAACAAACCACUCCAAUCAUGCCAUUUCCAACGCCAUAGCCGUAUUCUAAAUUCAACCAAAACAUUCUCAACCCCUACAUAUCCCCAGUAAUGAGCCCCUUCGACCCCCCGCCCCUCUUAACCCGCCUCCUCUCCUCCCCGAUCCUCUUCCUCCUCCGUCCACUGCACACCCUCCUCCUCAACCUCCGCCCAGCCCCGCGCACCCGAACGCCCUCCCAACGCCCUAUCCGCGUCGUCUGUAUCUCCGAUACCCACGAUCACCACCUACUGGGCGUGCCGGACGGGGACCUGCUGAUCCAUGCGGGGGAUCUGACGAAUAGCGGGGCGCGCGCGGAUAUUCAGGCGGCGGUGGAUUGGUUGAAGACGCUGCCGCAUACGGAGAAGGUGGUUGUGGCGGGGAAUCAUGACGGGUGGUUGGAUGAGGGGGUUCGGGGGAUUAUUGUGGCUUGUAAUGCGGAGGACGGGGAUGGACAAGGCAUAGAUUGGGGCUCAAUACAUUAUCUACAAAACAGCAGCGUGACGCUGACUUUUCCUUUUCCUACACCCACUUCCACCGCCCACGACACAGCUGGCAAAUCCACAACCAUUAGCCCCUCAUCGCGAACGCUGACAAUACACGGUGCCCCGCAAAUCCCACAGCUGGACCCUUCACCGGAUUCAAUACACGCCUUCCAAUACCCUCCCACGACGACGACGACGACGACACCCGGGGACGGCCACGGCACGACAUAUCCAUAUCCAAUCCCCAUCCCCCCGGACACCGACAUCCUAGUCACCCACACGCCCCCGGCCCACCACCUCGACAAUUUCCCUUACUCUGCCGGCUGCCCCCAUCUCCUUCGCGCAGCCUGGCGCAUCCGCCCGCUCCUACAUGUCUUUGGACACGUCCACGUCGGCCGCGGCGUGGAGAGGGCGUAUUAUGACCGUGCGCAGGACGCGUGGGAGGCGUUGUGCAGGGCGCGGGCGGAGAACGGGGCGUUGUGGGAUCGUGGAAGCGGAAUUUGGAGCUUUGUGGCGGGCGGCGGGUGGUGGAGGGAUCUGUGUGGGGUAGAUGGGGUGUGGGGUAUGGCGGGGAGGGUUGUUUGGGAGGGUGUUAAAGCUGUGGUUGUGGGAAGGUUGUGGGAUAGUAUGGGUUUGGGGAGGGAGGGAUGGAUGGUUAAUGCGGCUUGUUUGGAUGGAAGUGGGAAGGUCUUGCGGGGGGCGACUGUGGUUGAGAUAUAGGGGGGUCAUAUUAUUAUAUAUGUUAUUUUGGAGGAAUUGGGGCGCUGCGGGGAAACAUCUGAGCUUGAAGAGCUCCGAACAAACUACAUAUAUAUGUAUAUAUGCGAAGAACAAAAAUCAAAAAUACUCUAUGAAUGAAUAUAAUUCUAUAGGCACAAGAUGUGCUCCCCCAAAAAAAAAAAAAAAAAAAAAAAAAAAAAAAAGAGUAUGUGCAGAUAUGUACAGUACAUACAACACGCGAAUGAAAAAUGUAUAUGCAGCGAAGAUAUAAAACUAAAAAUCUAACCCCAG